AAAAUAAUGGUCUUCCACAAUUCAUGGUUAUCCCUGUUUUAGAAGGGCCAUCCAUGGAGGAUAUGAUGCAUUCCAUAUUAUCUACCAAAUAACGAUUGCCCAUCUUUAUAACCUCGCAUUCAUUACAGAUAUACUGAAGCACCUAGAACUGCAGAAAUCUUAAGGUUUAGCACAGUUUUAAGACAUGGGUGCUGCUAACAUAGUUGAAUUAGUGAACAGAUACAAACCCCACCUUGCCAUGAUUGCAAUACAGUUUGAUUAUGCUGGAAUGUACAUCAUAACAAGUGCAGCUCUAUCCAAUGGGAUGAACCAGUUUGUCUUUGUAGUUUACAGGCAUUUGAUUGCCACACUGGUGAUAAGUCCCUUUGCAUAUUUUCUCGAGAGGGAAAAGAGGCCUCCAAUGACUUUACCUGUUUUCUGCAGAAUUUUUCUCCUUGCUCUAUGUGGGAUUACCAUCAAUCAGAAUGUUUACUUUGCAGGGCUGCAUUACACUUCUCCCACAUUUACAUCAGCCAUGAACAACCUCGUUCCAGUGGUAACAUUUCUGAUGGCUAUUACUUUCAGACUAGAGUCUCUCAACAUUACUUCAAUGGGAGGGCAAGCAAAAAUUACUGGAACUUUAAUCAGCUUCUGUGGUGCAACCAUCAUGACACUGUACAAAGGGCCUCCUGUGUCCAGUCUGUUUUCUUCAACCCAUCUUGGGUGGAAUAGCUUAUUUCAAAUCCCAUAUCUUGUAUCAGAGAAUAUGAAAGUUGGCCCUCUGCUUCUUCUAGGGAGCUGUGUUCUUUGGUCCUCAUGGAUUAUCAUGCAGGCAGAGACUGCAAGGCUGUAUCCAGCACAAAUGUCACUCACAGCAUUAAUGUGUUUUCUGGCAACAAUACAGUCCACCAUUGCCACACUCAUCUUUGAGCAUGAUCCUGCAGUUUGGAAAGUAGAAUGGAAUCUUGAACUCCUUAGUGUAACUUACACUGGGAUUGUAUGCUCAGGGAUAACAUUCUAUUUAUCCGCUUGGGUCAUUCACAAGAAAGGCCCUGUCUUUAUGUCAAUGUUCAAUCCUCUGGUGACUGUUAUUGUUGCACUGCUUGGAGCCAUAAUUCUCCAUGAAAGUCUUCAUGUGGGAAGUGUUGGUGGGGCAGUGCUCAUUGUGGGUGGCUUGUACUGUCUGCUAUGGGGCAAGGGACAGGACAUGGACGAGAAAAAGGUGAAAGCUAAGGGAAAGGAAGCACUUGGGGCCACCCACACUGAAGAAGUUCAGUCUAAGAUAAGUUCUAAAUGUAUUGACAUUGAAGAGCCUUUGCUAGGUACAAGCAAAGGUUCUAUUGAUCAGACUUGAAAAUCUUGUCUCAUUGGUACCUACUAUUUGGAGUAUUCUGCCAAGAGAACGGAUUAGAUUUGGUGGAGGACAAGAUUCUUUUGUGAGGUUAGAAGGAGGGAUUGUCCUUCCUGUAUUGUCAUGGGGAAGAUGCCAUUGGCUUGCCAAGUAGCGUUCAGAAUAUGAUGAAAUGGUCAUAUGGUACAGGUCACAAGGCAUUUAUGGUAUAAAUAAAAAGCUUCAGAUGUGCUGCAGUGUGUUUUGCUUUAUUCCUCUUGCCGGCAUCAUUUCUUUAAUUUCAAAGAGACGAGAAUUUAUUAUAUUUGUUUGACUGUUCCUAUGGAUUAAGAGUCCCAAUCUCUUAGAUUUCU